AUGUCCCAACCGCAAUUAACCACCGAUCUGGACGUUCCGGAAAGUCCGCAACACCCUUGCCAAUGCUCCGCGAUGAGUAGCAUGGAUUCCAUGAGGGCGCAGAGGGUCGCGGAGCGGGGCGUAGGAAGUACAAGAAUUUCCAACAGCCAAGAACUCCCUAGGGGUCUCGAAGCGCUUCAGAGCGCUUUCGAGCCAAUAAGAAGGCUCGAGAGCCCGCUGUCUCAUCAAGAAAGUCAACAGAUCAAUUUGGAGAAUACCAGGAACGUCGAUAUCAUGGAACAUCAGGCGAGCCUGUCGUCGAACCCGAGACCGAUGGAGGGCCAGGGCGCGAUUCUGUCGAGACACGGUCACAAUCUUUCGUGCAGCGCGAGAAACUUGGAUCUCUCUCGAAACUUGGCGUUCGAGGCUGCGCGAAGAGUUCAGGAAUCCGGCAGCUUACAAGAUAACCAACACAGUCUAACUUCCAGCCCUAGCCCUUUGUUGGAGUCUAGUAGUUCGGCGUUGUUGGAGGCAUCCGCAAAAGAUCUGGACAAGCAGCUGGAGGAUCACGGCGGGUUAUCGCAGAAGCAAGCCGCUUCCAGCAAAGAUAAACUGAAGAAUAUUCAGCAGGCGCUGAACCCUUAUCAGCACCAUCACGAGCCGACGUCGACGGAACGGAACGUCCACGGUCAUUUCCACGGCGACGCCCACGCGCACGUGCACAAGCACACCGACAAUUUCCGAACUGGCACGAAUUUGGACGUGGCCGAUGGACUGAUGGGAUUUCAGCAACACCAGCGGCAGCACACCCAUCAUCACCACGGAAACGCCAAGACCACGAACGUGACCCAUCAUCACGGAUCGGCGACCGUCCAUCAUCCGCACGGGCCGCAAGGAAUGACGGGACACCAUCAUGGGAACCUGGCGCCCAGCCUGGCCAGCCACGUUCACGGAAACCCCGGCUCCCUGAGCGGUUCCAGCUCGACAUCGAUGAGCCACGGGAGCCAAACUGCCGCUGGCAACCCGAGUACGCACCAUCAUCCGAACGCGUCCGCCACAAUGGGGCACAGAUCGUCGCCGACGAGUCAUCAUCGUCUCAGCGGCGGCGCGGGCCUGAACAGUCAUUAUCCAUCCAACUCGGGCUUCAACAGCGACCAUCACGGCACCUCCAGCGCGAUGAGCGGUGCCUCGUCGAAUUCGAGCAUGUUGAACCACGGCGGUUCGCCGGCGGUUCACCGACACGUGGUGAACGCGAACAGCAGCCUCUCGACGACCCCGUUGGCCGGCCACCAUCGCGGCAGCUCGUCGGGAAGUCUGACCGGCCACUCCAGCGUGAAUCAUCAUCACGUUAGUUCCGGAAUAUCGUGCGAGUCGUCCUCGUCGAACGCCAAUACGAGGACCCAUAGUCGUUUGGAUCACGUCCACGACCAUCAUCAUCAUUUGCAACAAGUGCAUUCGUUGCACGCAGGCCACCCCGAAUCCCGACAAAGAGACAGAGCUCCAUCGAGCUUGGAGCACCACAGUCAUCAUCAUGGACACAUUCACGGUCACGGGCAUCAGCACCCGCAAAACACUGAUACCAAAAACUCGUCUCUCAUCGGAGUGGACUCGAUUCAGGUGUCGACUCCCUCGAAGAGCAAAUGUCAAUGCCACGUGAUGCAAACCGGAGGGAACAAGAGAGGGCAAGAGGGUGAAAGCGAUGGCGGCGUUGAAGUGACAUCGAGAACGCAUCAACCCCCCGCGCUUCCUCCGCGACCACCCCCCAGACCGACCAGGCGGUACGAAACGACGUCUGCCAAUCAAUGCCACACCGGGGAAGGUGGUUGUUGCAAAAAGUACGUUGUCCUUUGUUGCCUUUGUGGCGGGCUCAGCGCUGCGGUCGGUAGUCUCUUUUUGGCAGUGCACGCGGUCCUUUCAGCCCACACGGCCAGCCUAGCGCUCUUCGAGACUGUACCAUCUUACAUUCCUGGAAUAAUGUUAAUUUUAAUGGGUCUGUUUACGAUGCUACUUGCGAGGCGGAAGCACAGAUACGGUCUCCUGAUGAAGGUCUGCGGUUCCGUUGGUGUGGUGUGCGCGUUGGUGUGCGUGCUGGUCACCGUCACGACCACGGUGAUACAUAUGUCUCGGUUGCAGGGUCUCCGAAAAUGCGUUUACACCGUCAAAGCCAGGUCGUGCACGUGUUACGGGGCACCAGAAGGAGAUCCAGGAGUCCUCUUCGAGGGCACUCCUCACUGCGAGGCGGUGCACGGUGCCUUGCACGCCUGCCUGAGGGCCUUGUUCGGCGUCUCGGUCGCUGGAAUCUUGGCCUGCAUAUUCUCCUGCAUGCUGGUGUACCAGUUGUUGAGUCACGAGAAGAAGAAGAUGUACUGGGAGCAGUUGGAGCUCAGAUGCAGAUCUCUGUACGGCCAGGGAGGCACCGUGGGACCGCCGACUGGUUCCUGCGGAUGUUGCAACGACUGCGGCGGUGCUAGUCCCUGGUGGGCACAGACCCCGGGAAAUCUGUAUACGCCGAAUCCUGACUUGGCACCGUCAAGAAGAUGGCGACUGCCAUGGUCUAGAUCCAGAGGACCAGCCCCGAGUCCCGAUUCGAAUUACGGGUUUCACACACAAGCCAGACAGACGGAGACCAACGCCGAGAACACGAACGGCCCUUACAGCGUCCUGAAUUCGCAAUCGAGCGGGCCUUACUCGGUUUUAAACGCGCAAACGGGCCCGUACACGCCCAGCACGGCCUCGUAUAGCGUUCUGGAAGCACCGGUGCCUCUGUGGGGCCCUCCGCCGCCUUACAGCGAUCCAAACAGUCCGGCCAGAAGACCCCAAGUAACCGAACAGAGGCCUAGAAUCGCGAAGCGAAUAGAGAAUUUCGAGAACAACGAAGAUCACAGAUCGAGGUCCGCGAAACGCCCCUCGGAUAAUUACGAGAACGCCGAGGAAAUAUCGAACAGCACCGACCCGGAGGGUGGAAACGAAGGCACGAUGAAAGGCAGAAGGAUCAGGAAACCGUUGAAAGGGGUGGAAAACGGAGCGUUCCAACAAGAGGCAAACCCUGGACCGAAGCAAUCGGAAAGUGAAUUGUAUUUCGGCGACGUGUCGUCGUGUUGCGGGCCCGAGAGCAGUUUCUACGACCUGGCCGUGGAGAAAGAAGGCGCGGAACAUUCAGAGGGCGUGGACUACUUGGCGGCCCGUUUAGGCAAACGACAACUGUCGAAACGGUCCAGACUGCCUCUUCCGUUGCCAUCGGACAACGGCGACAUACCGUCCGACAAUUACGCGAACAGCGACGAACCGCGAAACGCCAGAGGCCCGUUCCUGGCGCCCGACGCGCAGUACGAAGUGAUCCAACAAGGCCGAUACUCUUAUUAUCCGGCCAAGGACGACGAACAGCUUCAAGAGGGUCCGACCGCUUCCAGUUACUUCAGAGAGGAGGAGACUGACAGAGGAAGAGAGAGAGAUUAUCGGGACUACAGAAGCAGUCAGGAAGAAGAAACGCCCCAGUGUUGUCUGAGUGAUUCGACAACGUUAGACUCGGGAUGGCAGAGCGGCGAGCAACAGCAAUCCGACGACAAUGUUCGACCGGUGAACGUGUAACCUUGUCGUUAAAUUUCGUUAGAGAUCGUUCGUAGACAGACGACGAUGCGAUAUAAUUUUCUAUAGAGGCAGAACCUUGACUCACAGUACAACUCGUCCUUCGAUUCACGAGACAAGGAUCACCGGAAUGUCCGCUUAGUCUUUCAUUGUAUUUCUCGGAAGUCUCGUUUCAAGUCCGGACACACAGAUCCACGAACUAUCGCGAGCUAGAUAGAGAAAAGUGUCCACGUAGAUUACAAAGAUGGUGAUAAGUGGAAAUGUAAGAUUACCGUAUCCGUAAUAUAGAAUUUCAAGCGAUGUGAUUUGUUGUGGUACAGUUUAGUUUAAGACACGUAAAACCUUAAUCGUUAGAGCGUAAGGAAAACGAUGACGAAUCGAUCGGGUUACCACGCGAUCGACGCAUAUUAGAAGUCUGAAAGGGAUUACGCGAGAUAUCCUAUUGUGCUCGCGCGAAAAGAAGGCUACGAUGCGUUCACAUCCCCACUCCAGUACCUGUCCGCUACCAUUAUUGGUCAGACAUCGGCCAAUAGCAAGGAGCGUAGUAGACAGGUACCAGAGUGGGGAUGUGAACACAGCGUGGCCUUCUUAUCGCGCGAACACAGUACGUAGCCAUGUAUUUUUGUUAAUUAAACGAUGUCUCGCCCGUGUUGUCCAUAACAUUAAUCAUUAGUGUAUGCCGAAGAGAAGUCGUAGGCGGAGAAAUGAUUAGUUUCAUAGGUGAAGCGCCAAAGGAAAGAUCUCUGGCGACGACGGGGACGUUGUCUCGAAGAAAAACACACCUUUCCUUUGGCGAUUCGUUAGAAACGUCCAUGUACAAAAGUGUGCUUUACUCUUGCCAAUACCUAGCUAGAUGUCAGCUCGAUUUCGCACUUAGACGCUAAUCGUUGCAAAAAAUGAAACGUUUACCAUUAAGAGUUAUGUUCUUGAUUCGCGCCGCAUCGAUAGGUUUCAUUGUGUUUAAUAAACGCUCGGUCACUGCCACUCGACAUUUGUUCUCCGCCUCGCACGAUCGAACAUAAGGCGCACUCGUGACUUGUAGCCAUUUAGAGAAUUAACGAAACGCCUGAAAUUCGCCGAUUCGCCCGCGUUCUCGAUUUUCGAAUUCGUAUUUUUCUCCACCGCGAUAAUUCACCGAUAAUAGUGGCCAGGCUGUCGUUAUUCGUGCUUGUUGAGAAAUUCCAUGUUGGAAUCGUAUUCGUGGUAUGUGUUAGCUUCGUUGAGCUUUUUGCGUUGUAGGGCCGCAAUACAAUCCAGGUGGACCAAGGAACGAUAUUAGAAAUAGAUCGAUCUUACUCGAUCGACAGAUAAAAAAAAAAGUACCGUCUAUUGCCGUAGUCAACCGUUCGUAUAUACAGAAACACACGUGCACGCACACACAAAGCAAAUACAUAUUUUCUAAUCGUGGUUCAAGAGUGAAAGAGGCAAGGCCAGCUUAGGGGAGUAGUUUAACGUUGUUUACUCGAUAAAGUGUACCUUAAGAGCGAUCUACGUAGCAAGUCGAACGA